AUGGUUGCGCACCGCAAAUCUGAUUUCCAUUCGAAAUGGGCGAUGGUUGUGACUGUCAAUGGCUUGAAUGAAGAAAAACGGGCUGAUUUGAAAAAGUUUGCUGGAUGGUUUAUGGAUACAUUGAGAAUGGAAGGUUCUUUCAUCGGACAUUACUUCAAUUACGAUACCGCACCGGUGACAAUCGUUGAAACUGAGCCAAACAAUCUUGAAUCAUGCACCAAUGCGUAUCAACAAAUUCACAAGGAUCAUCCGCAAGUCGUGCUUGUCGUUCACAUCCUUCCACAAGCUCAAUCUGUUGAAUACGAGUGGAUGAAAGUUUUGGCGUCAAGAUACGGCUUCAUUCGUCAAGGAAUCCUCUACGAGAACUGCGUCAACCGCUUCCAGAAUGUCGAUUCUGAUCGGAACAGCGUUUUUCGAAAUAUGUGUCAGUGGUUGUACCGAAGCGGAACAGCAAUAAUCAGGAACGAGGGAAAUAAUUGUGGAAUUCUCCAUGGAAAAGAUCCCAAGCCGACUUUCGAGAAGGUUCUCUUCAAUAGUGAAGACAUUAAGGAGGCCGUCUUCAAAGUUCUUCACAAAGAAGAUGAGCCAAGAGGGGCUGAACUGGAAAACAUUGUCAAGGUCAGCGGGUUCCCGGAGAUGUUGAAUGCAUUCGGUGUGGCACAACUUCUCAGCCCAUAUCGUGUGAAUGGCGUUACAAUGAAUGGUCCGCAGUGCGCUACUGUAACACUGGAGAACAAAUUUCAAGUUUAUCAAGCCGUCCAAGAGUUUCAUGGCAAGAAGCUCGACCGUAACCAUAAGCUUCAAGUUGUCAGCAACGUCGUAUCUUCUCCUGCUGCUCAAGUCGAAUCUCCAUCGUUCAGAGAUUCUAAGCGUCACAUUGAAAACCUUAUGGGAAAACUUAAAGUAUCGUCUUGA